UCUCUCUCUCUCUUUCUCUGUCUGUCUAUCUCUCUUUCUUUUCAUCUUUCCAUUGACUCUCCCAAUCAUCUUCAUCUUUCUUCAUCCUCAUCAUCAACAUACUCGUGACAUCAUCUCUUUACAAAUUUUACGAAAGAGAGAAAACUUUCCCUUUCUUUUUCUCUUUCAUUUAACAAUUUAAAUGAUUAUUAACUAGAAUACCUUUUACUUAGACUUUUCAAUUAAAUUUCAUUAAUUUACUCAGUUUAACCUUGCAGUUAAUUUGUUUCAUCUCAGAUUAUUAUUCAAACUAUUAUCAUGCUACUGAAUUUUAUCAGAUCAAGAUAAUCAUUAUUAUUAUUAUCACUUUGAUAACUUCGUUCUCGUUAAUCAUCAAUUAACCAGCACGUUCUUCCUCAUCUUUAAUCAUCAAUUUAUCAUUCCAUCGACUCUCUCUCUCUCUCUCUCUCUCCUCUACCCAAAUUUAUCAUCAUUUCCACCCACUUAUUGUCUUUCUUUUCCUCUUUCUAUUUCCCUGAUAACCCAAAUCCAGAAAAAACUCCUUGGCAACUCAUUGUUUUGAUUAUCUAACUAAUGAUAAUUUCUCAGUGUAAAUCAUUCAAUUCUGGUGUCUACUUGUUAAUUCAUUGUCUACACUUAUCUCAAUCAUUUAAUUGUCACAAUUAAAAGACACAAUUAUGUCACUAUUUCGUGCUCGAGAUUGGUGGACAACCAAUGCAGGAAGUGAUGAAACUUUCGGACCAGCGUCUUUAGUAAUCGCUAAUAUUGAUAAUAGUCGAGACAAUUCAGAUAAAAUAAUAACUGGAAGUCAUGAAGGAAUAUUGAGAAUCUAUUCAACCGCCAAUACGAUUGAUGAUAAAACACUGAAACCAUUUCAAGCCAAUGAUCUUCUUCUUGAAAUUGACCUGCGACAACCGAUCCUACAAUUAGCCUCAGGGCAACUUCUAUCAGCAAGUAAAUCCCUUCAUUUGGCUGUUCUACACCCAAGGAAAAUAUCAAUCUACUCAGCGGCAGCGACAAUUGGAGUCACAGAAUAUGGUUCGUCUUAUAACGUGUUACUUAUUUACGAACACAAUUUACCUCAAAGUGCCUACAAUUUCACGAUUGGACCUUUCGGUCAGGUGAAAGGUCGUGAUUUUCUGUGUGUCCAGUCAAUGGAUGGAACUUUAUCUUUCUAUGAGCAGGAAAGUUUCGCCUUCAGUCGCCAUUUGACCAAUUUCAUGUUACCAGGUCCAUUUAUUUAUCUACCGACAACCGAUUCAUUUAUUAUCUCCAAUGGUUCUUGGUAUCUUGAAUCAUUUCGCUAUCAAGUUCUGGCCAUUUCCAGGGGAACUGAGACCAAAUCAUUUGAUGAUCAUGAUAAUAAUCUAAGAGGAUUAUCUGGAUCACCAUCAACAGGUAUUAUCCCUUCAUCGGGCUCCUCUGGCCGUCGUAUUACACCCGAUUGGUCAUUGAUGAUCGGUGAACCAUUACUCGAAAUUCAGACUCACACGUUGGACAAAAUCAAUCUGGUUGUGGCUCUUGGUGAACGUAAUUUAUAUCUAAUCAGAGAUUCAGGAACAAUCAGUUGGAUGAAAAAGUUGAACUUUACUCCUUUCGCUCUCUCCUCACACCUCAACUCAUCUUCCGAUGGUGUUAUCAUCCUGGUUGCCAGUGAGAAUGGUAAUCUACUAAUCUAUUCAGGAAAUUGCUUACGAUGGUCAAGUCAACUUCCUUUCACUCCAAUCGCCAUGGGAAGAGGCUCAUUUAUCAAUAUUCAUGGAGUUGUUACCCUUUCACCUUCCGGUGAAUUGGCUGCUUCUUACUUGGGUACAUGUCCAUCAGCCUCUUUAUCAUCGACAGCAAAUCGCACAGAUGACCAAGGGUCAAGUGUCAAUGUGAAUUAUGCAGAUACUGAAGCUGAACUUUCUGAAUUACGUCGGAUUAUCGCAACAUUUAACUCUAAUCCCUCAUCAAUACCAUCGGGCGAUAAUACAACUGGACUUAGAUCAUCAUCUAAAUAUGGAUCAGAAUCAGAUGAUGAUUGUUGUGAUAUCAAAGUAACUUUGGGAAAUGUGGUAACAUCACUGGUCAGAUCAUCAACUGGACAUGUUAUUGAUGAUUUACUACCCAUGGUUUCAUUGACAAUCUCGUUAAAUUGUAAAAAUUCAGUUUCCAAUGUAAGAAUUUCAAUUGAAUCAUCCUCACCGAUCGUCUUUGAACCACCUCUUUUAACUUAUCCUUCAUUAACGAUGGGCAAUGAAACCCAACUGACCACCUUAAUUGCAACAUUAUCCAAUCUAAUUUUACCUGUUAAUCUAUCAUCAUCCAUCCUGAUUACUUAUACAAACGCCUCAGGUAGUCCUCGAGUUUAUCGUAAACCAUUUCAUCUUCCUCUAUCCUUGAUUUGUCGUUUUCACUCAUCAUCUUCAUCAUCAUUGACAACAACAACAACAACAACUUCACCUUCAUCUCCACCUCAACCUAUCGAAGUGAAUUUAACUGUUCAAGGUUCGAUUAACCUAAGAACCAUUUUCAGUGAUCUCACCAUUAAUCCAACAUCAUGUUCAUCUUCAGGUCAACCUUCAUCUCCACCAAUACAACCAUCAAUCUCUGCAAGUGAUUCAAUUGAAUCAAACAAUUUAUCAAUCAGUUUCUAUAUCGAUACAAUGUCAAUUGUAACAAUCACCAGUGGAAUCAAAAUGAAAGGCUCAUUGAAUAAGAUUAAAUUACGAUCAGAUAAUCUUCAUGGUAUCUCGUUAAUCGCUAAUGAGCUAAUCUACCGAUGUAAAUCAUCAGGAAUACAUUUGGAAACAGUUUAUUAUGAUCGUUCAUCUCUUCCCCUUGAAUUGUAUCUUAAUUGUUUAGAGAGACGAUUUAAUCUUCGUAAUAGGAUUAAAAGUCUCUCAUUAACCCUGGCAAUUAAGACGAGUUACUUUCGAGCGGUUCAAAAGCGAUUACUGAUCAAAUUUAAAGAUCGUAAUCCAACUCCAUUAUCUAAUCUCGAUAUACUUUUGGAUGAAAUUUACUCCAAGAUACUUUCAUUAACUAAUCAACUUGUCACUAGUCAAGCUGAAUUUGAACGAUCAACUAAUCAAUUGGCCUCUGCAACUCAAUUAAUUCACAAUUUACUUGAAAUUGUUGGUAAAAUGAAACCUGAUGAAGUUAAAUUGAUGAAAAGCAUUUGGUCAACAUCAAUUAGACCUGAUUCUGAUGAGGGAUGGGAAGAACGGGUCGAACUUGCUCUUAGUUCAGAGCUAACGAACAGUUCUAAUCGUCCAGGUAAAGAUCAACUUUCGACUGAUUCUCAAUUUACCAAUGGUAUUCUCGAAAUGUCAACUGAUUGCGACAAUUUAAAGACGUUGAUUACAAAUUAUGUUGAUCAAAUACUUUCAUGUGGAUCGACAACAAUAACUAAUCCGAUUGAGAUUAAAUCUCCUCGAGAUGGAUCAACAUUCAUGAUAACAACCACAUCAGUAGCUGAAGUUAUCAAUGAAAUUGAUAAUCAAAGUUAAUCAUCAUCACAAUCAAUCAAUAUAAUUACUAUUAUCGUAAACAUUUAACCAAUUUAAUUUAUGAAUGAGAUGAAAAUAAAGGACUGAUGACCUGAAGAGAGAGAGAGAGAGGUCAUCAGAUCAUCAAGAAAACAAUCAUUUGUUUUACAAUCUAAUUGUAGACAAUUAACUGAUUGUCUUGUCUGAAAAUCAAAACAAAGUUUAACCACAAAUCAUUGAUUAUCAUCAGGAUUGUACAACAAUUAGCUUUGUAAUACAUGGAGUAUAUAAGUAAUCAAGUAACCAAUGUACUUGAUUGAUUCUCAUUUUUGCCCUUUUGUUAAUUAUGGAUUAGUUAAUUAAAUUGUUCAAUUCGAACGCCAAAAAAUA